AUGCUUGGAAGACGUUCUUUGUCACUCCCUCAGCUUCUGUUAGACCCAAAAGUCGAAAGGACUCUCAGAAACUUGAAGAAAGAUUUUGGAGGCCUUAUAAAGGAAAAGAUGGCGGAUGAUCCACCAGCUGCAAAAGCAGCUCGCUAUUUAAAGGAUCACUACAAACCAAGUGCAUAUAACUCUUCAUAUGCAGUUCGGUAUCCUCAAGUGAGGACCCCUCACUACGAAAUUAAGGCCAGUACUCUUCAGUUACUGCCUUCUUUUUACGGCCUAUCAAAAGAGGAUCCAUACCGGUACUUGGAUGACUUUACAGAGUCUCAUUCUCAAUCCCUUGCCAAGUUAGAGACUCAAGUUGGCCAACUAGCUCAAGCCUUGAACAGAAGAGAGGAUGGCAAGCUUCCUAGUCAACUAGUAGCUAAUCCAAGAGGUGUGCGUAUAAUUGAUGACAUUACUGGCCAAGAAGUCCACCAUGAACAAGUGCAAACAAUUACUACUCUGAGAAGUGGUAAAAGAGUUGAAAACAAGGUGGAAGAAGAGGAAGCAAAACAGGAUGAAAAUUGGAAGAAAAGACUUGAAGAGAAAAAUGAGCGUAAUGAAAAAGUACAAGAAGUACCUCAAACUAUUGAGCCAUCUCUUGAGCAGAGGCAUGCCUGUCGACGCAUGCCUUUUGGUCUAUGCAAUGCACCGGUAACGUUCCAAAGGUGCAUGAUGUCCAUAUUCUCCGAUAUGGUUGAAAGGUUCUUGGAAGUUUUCAUGGACGAUUUUUCCGUAUUUAGCUCCUCCUUUGACUCGUGUCUCAAAAAUUUAUCUCUUGUGCUCCAAAGAUGCAAAGAGACGAAUCUCAUUCUAAGUUGGGAGAAAAGCCACUUUAUGGUCCAAGAAGGCAUUGUUUUAGGAUUCUAUCGUCGCUUCAUCAAAGAUUUUAGCAAAAUCUCACGGCCCUUGUGUAAUCUCUUAGCCAAGGAUGUUCCGUUCAAUUUUGAUGACGCUUGCAUGGAAGAUUUCAUCAAACUUCGCAUUCUCCUCUCCUCUGCCCCGAUCAUGAAACCCCCUAAUUGGUCUCUUCCCUUUGAGAUCAUGUGUGAUGCAUCCGACUGUGCAUUAGGGGCGGUUUUGGGCCAACGUGUGGAUAAACUUCCGCAUGUCAUUUAUUAUGCUAGCAAAACUCUCUGCGAUGCCCAAUUGAACUACACCACCACUGAAAAAGAAUUGCUAGCUGUGGUGUACGCCUUGGAUAAAUUUCGCUCUUAUCUUCUUGGCUCCAAGGUCAUCGUCUUUUCAGAUCAUGCCGCUCUUAGGCAUUUGUUAGCGAAAAAAGAGACAAAACCCCGUUUAAUUCGAUGGAUCCUCUUACUUCAAGAGUUUGACAUUGACAUCCGGGACAAAAAAGGGACCGACAAUGUUGUCGCCGAUCAUCUCUCUCGCUUACUUAUUGAGAAAUCUUCAGAAUUCGCAGCCAUCCGUGAUUCCUUUCCGGAUGAGCAACUUCUUCAAGUUUCACAUUCUACUCUUCCAUGGUUUGCGGAUAUUGUCAAUUAUCUUGCGGUUGGCAAAAUUCCAGCCCAUUGGUCCAAACAAGAGAGGGACCGGUUUUUCUUUGAAAUUUUUGAUGUGUGGGGGAUUGACUUCAUGGGACCAUUUCCAUCUUCUUAUGGCUAUGAGUACAUCCUUGUAGCGGUGGAUUAUGUGUCUAAAUGGGUUGAAGCCGCGGCUACCAAAACCGAUGAUCAUAAAGUCGUGAUCCAUUUCAUUCAGUUUCACAUCUUUAGUCGUUUUGGUACGCCCCGAGCAAUCAUUAGUGAUGGCGGAUCUCAUUUCCGAAAUCGUUAUCUCAAAUCCAUCCUUGCUAAGUAUUCAGUCAUUCAUAAGGUUGCUACACCUUACCACCCUCAAACGAGUGGUCAAGUACAGAUUUCUAACCGGGAGAUUAAGCACAUUUUAGAAAAAACGGUUAGACCGGAGCGCAAAUAUUGGUCAUUAAGGCUAAACGAUGAGCUUUGGGCUUACCGGACAGCUUAUAAGACACCCAUUGGCAUGUCACCAUAUCGACUUGUCUUUGGCAAAGCAUGU